AUGGGGAGCACACAGUUUGGGAAAUUCCAAGACUUUUGUGCCGAUUCAUUCCUGCCAAUAUGUAACAUUCUUACAGCCAAUAAUCAACCACCCGGUAUUCAAUAUGUCAACGUCGACGGAAGCGGAGGCUGUGUCUUGCGCGGAAUCUCUCUCAGCAAUGGCAGACACCUGGCAAACCUAGGAUCUAUAUUACUCGCCGGCGUAUCGAUUCUCGUCACCUUGUUUUUAUUAUUGCGGGCCCAACGAAAGGCGGCCGCAGUCGGUCGAAGAGAAAUGCAACUGUUUCUGUUAGGAUUCUUGGUGAUCGAGAUCUGCGAAAUAUUCACAAUGGGCGGCUUCCCGCUGGACAACGAUGUACGGAAGGGCUUCACUGCCGUUCACAUUGCGGCUAUAACCGCAACAACGUGGAUAUUAUUGACGAAUGCGUUUGUGGGAUAUCAGCUUCUCGACGACGGUACGCCCUUGUCGCUCGGGUUGAUAGCUGGGAGCUCCCUCGCCUUAUUCGUCGGGACUGGAUAUAUUGCGCUCGACACGGCAUUCUCGUGGACCGGCUAUUGGGAUGACUCGUUGUCACCCGCACACUCACACCGCAACAUCGCACUUUAUGUGCUCUACCAAUUGGCGCCAUUGGUGUUCAUGUUCCUUUUCUUCGUGCUCGAAUCCAUCCUGGUACUGAGGGUUCUGGGCGAGACCAAGCCUAUGCUCUAUCUGGGUGCAGCAGCCCUGCUGUUCGCCAUUGGCCAGAUCUUCAUGUACGUGAUCUCUGUCCACAUCUGCAACCCAACCGAUGGCAAGGUCAACGGUGCCCUUUUCGAAACACUCUUCACGCUACUCAGCGUGGUGGCAAUCUUCGUCUUCUGGUCGUCCAUCACGGAGGACGACUGGCCGGUCCAAUGA